GUAUCUCUUCAUUACCAGUUCUGCAGAAGUGAAAUGCUCCCUUUGUGUUGUGGGGAUUCAGGCGCUGGCUGAGAUGAACCGGUGGAGAGAAGUUCUGUCAUGGGUCCUACAGUAUUACCAUGUCCCUGAACAUCUGCCUCCAAAAGUUCUGGAGCUGUGUAUCCUGUUGUACAGCAAAGUGCGAGACCCCCAGGUGAUGCUGGAGGUUGGCAGCAGCUGGCUGAGAGACCAAACCAAUAAGAGCCUCCCCGAGUAUGGGUCGUUGCUGGAGCUCUAUCUGUUGCACGUGUUGCUUCCGCUCGGCCGGUUUGAGGGAGCAGAGGAGCUUGUACGUGGCUGUGAUGUUUUUGAUAGCCAGCAGCAGCUAGCAUUUCUAGGGACCAUUUGUGAAAGCCGAUGUCAGUGGACUCAACAGGAAGAGAUGCAUUUGGCUGCUGAAGAACAGCAAGAUGCAGCGACAGAAACUGUUUUGGGUGCUUUGUCCCAAAAGCUCUUGACCAUGUUGACAUUGCUGCAUAGAGCACUGAGGUCGAUGUCAAGCCAUUUCUAUUUAUUUCCUUACAAAAAGAUGCUCUUGGCUACUUUUCUGCUGUAUCUGGUGGUGGUGAGAUUAGACCCAGCUUCCCCCACAUCGCUGCCAUUCAUUCAGGCUUGGGCAGCUGUGUUUUCUCCAAUCCACAGGCCUCCUAUUCAAGACUAG